CAGCUAAGCAAAAGAGAGGAGUUUGUUUGAUGUGAUUCGAUCCCUUCGAUCGGUUCGUGAAUUUUUUAACCAUUUUGCAGUGGCAAUUCUAGUUUGAAAAUGAAGAAAAUACGGUCCAGUUUGACCUGCUGGUGGUUCUUUUCGCUCUUCGGACUGCUGUUGGCCUUCCCGGAACAGGGCAAGUGGGAUUUCACGAUGGCAUCGGAAGGACGCAUCAUGCCGAUACCCAAAUCCAUGUUCGAAGGAUUUAAAAUCUACACACAAAUUACUUGCGAGCCGGAGGACCGAGAUGGGCCAAGUAAUACUGUGAAUGUUAAAAUUCAUUGGGAUCUAAUCGAGUUGAAAUGCUGGGAGGAAUACGUUCGCUAUUCCUAUAACUUUCCUUUCGAGUUCCUAAUGUCCCAGUCGAACCAAUCGAGGGUGAACUCCGGUCCGAUAUAUGCAGAAUGCACUCGUGGUGGCCACAUCAGUUUGCCGGAGUUUAAAUUCAAAGAAGCAGCAAACUCAGGCAGUAAGCUGCCAGUAGCGAGUGAUGGGAAAAGUCGAAGGGCAGCGGGUCAACCGGAACCACAAUCGAUCUUUACUAUCACCAAAGAUGGACUGUACAUCUUUGUGCUGCAUAUGGAACCGAAAGAACCGAUGGACAAAUUCGAAGCCAAUGUUCACGUGGAAAUGAAGAGCGCCAGUGGUUAUCUUUCGGCUGUCGAUUGGCCUUUGCUACCGUUCUACGGAGCGAUGUGUCUGGUGUACGUAAUCCUGGGCGUCAUCUGGCUGACGGUGUCCUUCCUGCAGUGGCGUGACCUGCUGCGGAUUCAGUUCUGGAUCGGAGGUGUGAUUCUGCUGGGCAUGUUGGAGAAAGCCAUGUUCUACGGAGAAUAUCAGAGCAUCAAUUCCACCGGUGUCUCGGUGCGGGGAAUGGUUCUCCUGGCCGAGUGGGUAUCCUGCGGUAAGCGGACCCUGGCCCGAAUGUUGGUCAUCAUCGUGUCUCUAGGGUUCGGAAUCGUCAAGCCACGAUUGGGACCCAUGCUGCAUCGAGUGGUAGGAACCGGUGCCCUUUAUUUGGUGCUCGCAUGUGUUGAGAGCUUCCUAAGGAUCAUGCACACAAAAAAUGACCAGCUGUUGGUAGCCAGUAUUCCGCUCGCUGUGCUAGACUCCGCAAUCUGUUGGUGGAUUUUCACUUCCCUAGUCCAAACCACAAGAACGCUGCGAUUGCGACGAAACAUGGUCAAACUUUCGCUGUAUCGUCACUUCACAAACACGCUCAUUUUCUCGGUGCUAGCAUCGGUAGUGUUUAUGUUGUACUCAAUCAAAUCGCACCGCUUUGCCGAUUGUCUGACCGACUGGAAGGAACUGUGGGUGGAUGAUGCCUUCUGGCAUGUGCUCUUUUCGACUCUUCUGCUGGUGAUCAUGAUUCUGUGGCGCCCGACCAACAAUAACCAACGAUAUGCAUUUACCCCGCUGCUGGAUAAUCCCGAAGAUGAAGAUGAUGACGAAGAGGAUCAGUUCGUUUCGGAUGCGUAUGGAGUAAAAAUGCGAGGAGCUCGUAGUUCCUCCCCCAAACCAAACCACAGUGGCAACAUGAAAAGUCCGACUACCGAAGAGGACGAUUUGAAGUGGGUCGAGGAAAAUAUCCCGGCCGCGAUCGCCGACGCCGCCCUUCCGGUGCUAGAUUCCGACGAGGAAAUCGUCAACACCAAGUUCGAAGUGUCCAAGAUGCAGUAGAUGCUACCAGUAGUUCUACUUCUCCGAUAUGAAUAUGAAUUAGUACUACCAACUCUAAGACUGCUAUCCUAGAGGGGAAUUCAAUGUAUUUUGGUUCGUUUAUUUUAAAAAUCGUUCAAAUAUUUCGUUCCCAUAAAAUUUAACAAAAAGUUGUCACUAGUCAUAAAGUUGCACUGCAAGAGACAAACAAGAUAAAGCAAAAUGUUGCCCCGAUACGUCCGCCUAGACAGUUUACUUUCAUUGGAAAAUUGUAGCUAUUGACCCCGUAGCCAACCAAAACAAAAAUCUUAGACUAUUUCAUCUUUCUCUUGCUGAUCUUUUCCUAGAGAAUAACGACCUAUUGUGCGAGUGAAAUAUUUCUACCCUUAAGUUUGGAAAGCAAACGGUUGAGUGUAGGUUUUAAACAUUUUAGCGAGCCAUUUCUUUUGAAGUUGUUUUUUUAUAAGUUAGUGGCAUUCUCCAGAAAGCAAAACUCCAUUGAUAAGAGUUCCUUUAACGAGCACCGUAAAAAAUUUUAUCGCUAGAUUUUCCUGAAACGAAAAAUUUUGCGUGACGGAAGUUUCCCAUGGCAGAUAUUUCGACGGUUGGAAAACGUGACAGUAGAAUAGCGUAUACCGCGUAUGGCAGUGAAUCAGAAUCAAAAAUAUUGGCUACAAACUUCUAGUGAGAGAGUUCUACUACUACGGUACACAUCCGCUAGUGCUAGAUUGUAAGUGAGAAGUGCGCGAGUUUAGUGAUAAUAUUGUUUUUUUUUCAUCUUACGUUAUACGACACUAUAUGGAGCGCAGACACACAGUACAGUAGAUAAUGUUUGUAAAUAGUUGGAAGGAACUGAGAGAAUGAGAAGCAGUAGUUAUUAAUAUUAUUCAUCCUUUCUCCGUGAACAAUAACGAUCAUUGAUACAUGAAUUGGUAAUUAUCUAUCGUAAGGUAAAUACAAAGCAUUGUAUGAAGCUAUCCGAACUAUAAUAAACAUUAAAACUUAA